AUAGGGCAAUCUCAUAUUUUUGUCAUAUUCUACUUCAAACAAGGUUAUGAGAAAUAUGGGAAUGUCUUCGAUGAGUUUCCUCAUUGCUUUUCUAGGAUGUCUAGUUCUUGCUGCUCUGAUUCAAGCGCAGGACCAAUCAGGAUUCAUCAGCAUAGAUUGCGGAACUCCUGAAAUGAACUACACUGAGCAGUCAACAGGCCUAAAUUAUACUUCAGAUGCAAAUUUCAUAAACACUGGUGUGAGAAAGUCAAUAGCAUCUCAACUAAGAAAUGGGUAUCUGAAACACAUGUGGUAUGUCAGAAGCUUUCCGGAAGAAGGAAAAAGGAACUGUUACAAAAUAGAAAUCACAAGAGGCACUAAGUAUCUCAUCAGGGUAGCGUUCUUGUAUGGAAACUACGACGGUCAAAAUAUGCUGCCUCAGUUUGAUCUUCUUCUUGGGGCUAGUCAGUGGGCUACAGUGACUAUAAAAAAUGCAACCAUUGACCAGGCUGAGGAGAUCAUACAUGUACCUUCACUAGAUUACCUACAAAUCUGUCUGGUUGACACAGGCCAUGGGACACCAUUUAUAUCAUCUAUAGAAUUGAGGACUUUGAGAGAUGACAUUUAUGUCACUCGAUUUGGAUCGUUGCAAAAUUACCUCAGAUGGGAUUUAGGUUCUAGCAGAGGUUACAGGUACAACUAUGAUGUUUAUGAUCGUUACUGGAGCUACGGCAACAUCAAUGAAUGGAAAAUAUUAAGUGCUUCUAUUACUGCUGAUUCUUUAGACCAGAGCCAGGAUGAUUUCAAAGUGCCAGCAAUUGUUCUGAGCACUGCAAUUACACCACUAAAUGCUAGUGCUCCAUUGGUAAUAUUGUGGGAGCCAGAACAUCAAACUGAGCAAUUCUAUGUUUACAUGCACUUCACAGAGAUUGAAGAGUUAGCAAAGAAUCAGACUAGAGAAUUCAACAUCACCUUGAAUGGAAAGUCAUGGUUUACAAAUUUGUCUCCACAGUACCAAGGUGUCACCACUAUCCGGAGCAAGUCAGGCACCAGUGGGAAAAUAAUUAUAUUUUCACUUGAGAUGACUGAGAAUUCAACCCUACCUCCCAUCAUCAAUGCCAUUGAAAUCUAUAAAGUUAUAGAGUUCCAACAAGCAGACACAUACCAAGGAGAUGUUGAUGCGAUUACAACCAUCAAGUCUGUUUAUGAGGUGACAAGAGACUGGCAAGGUGAUCCAUGCGCCCCUAUAGACUACUUGUGGCAGGGUCUGAAUUGUAGUUAUCCCGAAAAUGAUUCUCCAAGAAUCACAAGUUUGAAUUUAUCUUCAAGUGGAUUAUCAGGAAAGAUAGACCUUUCGAUCUCAAAGCUCACCAUGUUGGAGAACUUGGAUUUAUCAAACAAUAGCUUAAACGGUGAAAUUCCCGAAUUUCUGUCUCAACUACAACACUUGAAGAUAUUAAACUUGGAGAAGAACAACCUCUCCGGCUCAAUUCCACCAGCACUAAAUGAAGGUUCUGUCUCACUAAGUGUGGGCCAAAAUCCAUAUCUAUGUGAAUCUGGUCAAUGCAACGAGAAGGAAAAUGAAAAGGAACAAGAAAAGAAAAAGAAGAAUAUUGUUACACCCUUGGUAGCAUCUGUUGGUGGGGUUGUGAUCCUUCUGGUGGUUAUGGCAGCUAUAUUGUGGACUAUUAAAAGGAGAAGAUCAAAAGAUUUGAUGGUAGAAAAGGAUCCAAGUCAGAUCUCACCGCAAUACACAGAACAAGAUGAUUCAUUACUGGAAUUCAAAAAACAAAUAUAUUCAUACUCUGAUGUCCUUAAAAUCACCAACAAUUUCAAUACAAUUGUUGGUAAAGGAGGAUUUGGAACAGUUUAUCUGGGCUAUAUUGAUGACACUCCAGUUGCAGUGAAAAUGCUUUCCCCAUCGGCCGUUCAAGGUUAUCAACAAUUUCAAGCUGAGGUUAAACUUCUAAUGAGAGUUCAUCACAAAAAUUUGACCUCCCUUGUUGGUUAUUGUAAUGAGGGAACCAAUAAGGCUCUCAUAUACGAGUACAUGGCUAAUGGAAACUUACAAGAACAUCUAUCUGGUAAACGCAGCAAAACAAAAAUCUUGAGCUGGGAAGACAGACUUCGUAUAGCAGUGGAUGCAGCCUCAGGAUUGGAGUAUCUGCAAAAUGGUUGCAAGCCACCUAUAAUCCACAGAGACGUAAAAUCUACAAAUAUCUUGUUGAAUGAACACUUUCAAGCAAAAUUAUCUGAUUUUGGUCUAUCCAAAAUUAUCCCAACUGACGGGGGAACUCAUGUGUCAACUGUUGUUGCUGGUACUCCUGGUUAUCUAGACCCUGAGUACUACAAAACCAAUAGAUUAACAGACAAGAGUGAUGUCUAUAGCUUUGGUGUUGUUCUUUUGGAGAUAAUCACAAGUCAACCAGUGAUAGCGAGGAAUCAAGAAAAGAUUCAUAUAAGUCAAUGGGUUAACUCCUUGAUGGCGAAAGGAGAUAUCAAGGCCAUUGUUGACUCAAAGUUAGAUGGAGAUUUUGAUAGUAACUCAGUUUGGAAAGCAGUGGAAAUAGCAACGGUUUGUGUGUCUCCAAAUCCCGACCGAAGGCCAAUCAUAAGUGUGAUAGUGACUGAACUGAAGGAGUCUUUGGCAAUGGAAAUAGCUCGAACUAAAUAUAGCAGUGCCGAUACAAGAGAUUCAGUUAAACUUGUAACCAUGAAUCUGAGUACCCAAGUUGUUCCCCAGGCCAGGUAAAAAGCUUGUCCAAAAUAAGGUGGUUUCCUCUUGACGAAUGCUAGAAUAGAUCAAGCCACACAAGUGAAUAUGACCUUGAAUAAGUAGUGAAUAGGUGCUUUAAUUUGCAUGUAUGUUUUCUGUGGGAGACUUUGUUUUAAUAGUAUACUUAAUACUUGUCCUCCAAGUGUGUUAGGAUUGGUGAUUCAAAUGGAGUGAGCAAAUAGAAGAAAAAUAAAUAAGGAGGAAUGAAUAUCAUUGUAUAAUUGAUCGUCAUUGGAUGCGAUUUAUAAAAUAAGUUGUUUUUACUUUGUGUUUGUAUUUGAAUUAAUGUAAUGUAAUUUCAUAUUUUAAAAAUAUGAAUUGUUUGCGACUUCA